CAGGUUCGGGCAGGGUCAGAUUUAUGCGUCGUGCGUAGAAUAAGAUAAACCGUAAAAAGUAGUCGCCAGCCGGUCGUAGCUGGCUAGAAAAUGGUAAAUGGUAAACAUGCGGACGAAUUGUUGUUGGAAAAGUCCAAGAAUUGCGAAGAAAAGACUGCUGAUAAGGAGGAUGCUAAAAACAGCUGUUCGUCGUGCAAAGGUUCCGAGCGAACGUCAGAAAUGGCCCAAGACAACAGUCCCUGCUGGGAUAGUCUCCCCAGUGUCAUAUUGCUCGAAAUAUUUUCCUAUCUGCCUCAGAGUAGCCGAUUAAGAGCCUCCCAGGUUUGUAGAAACUGGAGAUACGCGUUAUUCCAUCCGAGCUUCUGGAAGAAGAUCAAGUUCUCUCUCAAAGAUGAAGACAGUGUCGCAUGGUCCAGAUUUUUGGUGAGCUCCUUUGGACUCAGUGUACACGACGUUACGAUAAGUUGCGAGACAUCCGGGAACUACGUAAAAGAUGCUGUGACUCUUUUAAAAAAAUUGAGCAACAACAGGCAACUUCGGAAAUUAUUUUUGGAACCAACGAGUUGCAUGUUCGAUUUGCCCAUCAGACGAACUGAGAACGAAGAUGAUGGAUUCAAGGCAUUUUCUGCUCCUGUGAUGGAAUCUCUGUUGAAGAUUAUGGAGACUACAAACAAUUUAGAAGCACUAAGUUUAGGAUGCAUCGAAGAAUUAACAGCGAGCGCAAGUGUACUUUUAGAGCCUCUACAACACUAUCAUGCUAAACACUUGACUCAUCUCAGUUUGGCGUCGAUAAAAGAUGAUCCGGAUCACUACGAUUUUCUGGAAUUUGACUGCAGCGUUUUUAGUUCAUUUUGUAGAUUAAGAGUCUUGACAGUGGAUUAUGACUACGUCAGUGAUAUUUUGCUUAACGCCUUGGAUAAUGGAGUGCUCGAGAGAUUAGUUAUUCAUAUUCACGGUCUAGAUGAUGAUUAUCCAGGAACUUCCAACCAGGCAUGGGAGAAUUUCACUCAAAAGAAUCCUUUGUGCGAACUGCGUCUCAAUCUCAUCCACGCAUACGUAGCAGUAACAGUUCUAGACACAGAUAUCCUUCAACCCGCAAUGCCACUCACACACCUGAAAGUAUUAUUCUGCGAGCAUAUCAACAUUGGUGCAUUGCACAGUAUAUCAGUUUGGUAUCCAAACACUUUGCGAUCACUCAUCUGGAUUGAUUCGAUCGAUCCUACAAAGCACUUGCCUGCCACUUUCGACCCACAUGAACCAAACAACCCUGACCCUCUAGUUUUCGUAGCCUGGAAGUGCACGAAAUUAGUUGAAAUCGUUUUUAUUGGACAUAAGUACGCACAGGAAAACUUACUGGCAAUUGCUCGAUUAAGGGGAAACACACUUCAUCGACUUGAAUUCGCUGAAAGUGACAUCGCAACUGAGGAAUCGUGGUAUGAAGGGGAACACAUCAUGAAUGAAAUAAAGGAAAUCCUGGGCGGCGGUUGGCAUCCGAUAAGUGAUGCACGGCUCCCUACAGUAGUGAUGGAUCCUCUCAUAGGAGACAGCAGGGAAGUGAUAAUGCCAAUGGUUCUCCACGACCAAAAGUAACUUACGACUCCAAUUCCAAACCCAAGUCUUUCAAUCCACCAAGUCUCAGUUUACUCUGGGCAAGAGCCACUCUCAAAGACUGGGCUUCAUACCUCUUUUUUUUCAUGGCCUUACUUGUCAUCAGUUCCAUUUGCCACAUUCUCCGGUGCCCAGUUUCUCCAAUUUUUGAGUCCGGAUUCCAUCCAAAUGCUUCGAUCUCAAGGUGACAGAAAGGAGAAACGCAAGUAUAGACCUUAUUUUAGAUUGACGAUCGACAUUCAGUACCAUUUUCUUUAAACUUAAGGAGCGUUUCUUAGAGAGCGUCUGCCCAGCGUUCUUCGACCAAAUACGUAACGAAUCAUGGGUUCUUGUUGUUUUUGUUUUUUAAAAAUACAGCACAAUAUCCACGCACGAGCGUUUUGUCUCGGAAGAUUCUAGAAUCUGUCAGAGAAUUCCAAUUAGCCUCUCUCCGAGAAAGUUGACGACGCUACAAUGAACCAUGUACCUUAUAUCGAUUUUCUCGUUUGGGAAUUAAGAUUCGCGCGUUAAUAAUCCAUCUAGACAACAAGGCCACGUUAGGGCCUCUCGUGACCUAAACCCACUACACAGGGUAUAUUAAUGUAAAAAUAGAUGUUGAGAGAUAGCAAGAAGUCCGAUCCAUAAGGGCCGAGGUCUGAAUUCCUAAGAUCUUCCACGAGAAAAUUUAGCCAAGAUUCACAAGCGUAGCCGGAGGCUGGGAACUUAGUUUAUAGAAAGUGCGAGCGGAAUGAGAGAAAGAGAGAAUUGUCGAACAUUUAAAAGCGUAAGAGUUAAAGAGAGUUCGAGAAAUAUUUUACAUAAAUAUCGAUGAAAGUCUCGACAUUGAGACAUCGAAGAAGCGAUCCGAGGUUAUUUUUAAUACCAAAACCAAUCGGACGCAAUUGUACUAACAGAAAAAACAGCUGUAGACUAGAAGAUUUAGUCGCUAAUCAUAUAAAUGUGUAUGUAUAACUAUUGUCUAUUGAAUUUGAAACUUUAACCGUGCAAUGUUGUACGAUAAAUGGUGAGAAUUUUGAAUGUUUACACAAAGACCGGUAAUGCAAAAAAAGGGCAAAGAAUAUCAAAACGUCAAUCGUCUAGACAGUUUCACUAUUCCGAAAUGUGAUUUACGGUUUUCGUUUUCAACUCGUAGCCACGUAUGCAGGUGUUUUUUUUUUUUCUUUAUGUGUGUGAUCCUUUCGAAUAUUGUUGCCUAGUUAUCGAAGGCAAAGUUCUGCGCAAUAAAAACGUGUAUUUCACGAAAAGAGAGAAAGAGAGACAGUGUUUAGAGACUAGGGAGCAUCAUGAACGCGAAGUGACUUAGCUGAGUGAGCUGUCCAAAAGAAAAAAAAAAAAAAAAAAAAAAGAACGGGCCUUAAUAUGUACCUGAGUCGCGCCGAGACUAAUUUUGCUGAUAAAAAUUGAAGCGCGACAAUCACCAAAAAUAAUCCUAAGCCCCAGAGGAUACGCGUGAAUGUCCCGUCAAUCGACAACUUGAUUGUAAUAAUUAUUAGAGAAAUCAACGAAUGAAAAUGGCGAAAGAACGAUUACUGUUUAAGAAAAGCGUUGAAGAGCGAUAUAAAAAAUUAGUUGUUGGUUAUAGUAAUCGGUGCUGUGUUGAUAAGUUAAAAUUCAUUUUACGGACGAUUCACUGCUGUUCUUUUGUCCUCGUUUUUCAUUCAAGUAUCGCGAAGAAAGUUAGCGGACGUGGUGCGAAUUGUAGUACUUGUGCUUGUGCGAGGGAAAAAUUGGGAGAAAGUUUGCGAGAGUAAAAGAGAUAAAACAAACCAAAAAAAAGUUAAGAAUAAAGGUUUGGAGAAUCAUAGGUCACUGGAAAGGCAAAGUGCGAAUAAUGCAGGAACGUCCGUUCGUUUUGAAGAACAAAACCCAAAAGUGAUACGUACCAUCUCGGUCCGAUUCUAAAAUUCUGGAGCCACAACUCAACGAGGGCACAAUGCAAGAAUAUUUUAAAUAGCGCGAUGACGAAAACAAAAUAAGACUGAACCUACCGCGUAUCGUAUUUUAGAGUUGGGUUGUCGGUUCCAUGUUCUCAUAUUCAUAAGGAUUUUCAAAUUCUUUUCUACACUGAGAAAUAUGAAAAUGUGUCAUCUUUUGUCUCCCAAAAUCAAAUGGUUUGAGUUUGAAGCAUUUUAUUUUAGUUUUCAUUUGAAUAACAUCAAAUAGUCAGGCAACUUAUGAAUAUGUUUGAGUGAGAGGUGGUGCGAAAAAGCUAGCUUAGAUCUGAUAAUGCCCUGAGCUCACUCGAUGGCAGACCCCUAACUACCUAAACUUAAGCAGCCUGCCAGCUGAAUCAAACGAGAAGCGAAUAUCCAUUGUAUAAUAUCAAAACAGCGUGCGGAGAGUGCUACAAGAUCUAUUUUUUAAGAUGCGAAUGUAUAUUUUUCUACUAAGGCAGGCCUUAGUCAGACAACGUGUGUCUUCUUGCGUAGGAGAAACAAGAGCUGUGAUCAAAGGGGAAGUGAAAAAUAAUAACAGAAUAGCGUAUACAUAUAGAUCGAGUGAGCUGCAAUGAAGAGGGCGAGCGAGUAAAACAUCUGUGAUAAAAAAACAAACAAAAUAUAAAAUCUUAGGGAGAUACUCGAUGGAGAGAAAGAGCGAGCGAGAGAGAGAGAGAGAGAAUAACAGAGCGAUUGAGAGGGAGAGAGUGUGAGAGAGAAGCGUUCUCUGUAAGUUGAAUCGCGAUUGUACGAAAAUUGCUAGAGUAGCCGAAUCGUGGAAAUUUUUUUAAAAGGCACUUUGUCAAAAUAUCUUCUCUAUGGCCUUUAAAACAAGAGAUUCUUGAUCCAAUCUCUGAGAGUUCUGAUUUUGUGCAAAUUCUGUAAAGAAAAAAAAAUAAAAGUACCAGGAGGAAUUUUGAAAUGUAAAUAUUUUGCUACAUAGAAUCGUUCUGUGACAUUCCAUUCCUUGACUGAUGAAGAUCUGAUCUCAACAAAAAAAAAGAGAAAAGCUUUUAGAUUUUUCUCCUAGAUUUUUAUAUUUUUAUUAUAUAACUAUGUUGCUUUUUUUUAUUUUAUUCGAGUUAAUUUUCUUAUUGUACGGAGAGAAGAGAAAUUAUUCAUUGAAGAGAAUUUGGAUCGAGAUACUUUACGAGCAGUAUUAAUCAGUUCCUACGUGAAGCACUCUAUGCAGUUUUAAGUGAUUAAAAACCAACACAUACAACACAUUCACACAAACGCAUUCUUAGAAAUGUUUUGUAAAACUUUAAGAGACCUUCGAACGCCACUACCUAUGUGCAUAUUAUAUUUACAAGGGAGUAUCCAUUCC